CAUCUCAUUGACCAAAAACGAGUAUUGUGAGCAUUCAAACCUUUCAAGUAAACUACAUAUUCGUGCUUAGCUCUGAAUAUUCCCAGUAUUUCAUGGUAAAAUAAUAAUAGUGUUUUUAAAAAAAAAUAUAUAUAUAUGUAUAUAUAUUAUAUUAUUACUAUACAUAUAGUAUUACUAUAGAUAUACAUGUGAAGAAGUGGAAGAAUAAGAUUACAAUGUGCACACUGCCUGAAUUUUAGGCCAACAGCAUAAGCACAAAAAUGGGUGUGCUCGGAUCUUCUUCCUCAUCCUCUUCUUCUUGUUUUGUUGUAUUUCUGCGUUCAGUUUUGAGCUUGGCAGUGUUGUGUAAUGGAGGUAAAACAAGCAGUUAUGUGAGGCGUCUUGAGGAGAGUGUUGAUAUGCCUCUUGAUAGCAAUGUCUUUAAAGUUCCUCCAGGCUAUAAUGCUCCUCAACAGGUUCAUAUAACACAAGGGGAUCAUGAGGGGAAGGGUGUGAUAGUGUCAUGGGUGACCCAGGACGAGCCAGGUUCUAACUCAGUGGUUUAUUGGAGUGAAAACAGCAAGGAAGAUAAGACGGCCAAGGGCAAAGUCUAUACCUAUAAAUUCUACAAUUACACUUCUGGUUACAUUCACCAUUGCACCAUCAGACAUUUGGAGUUCAACACUAAAUACUACUAUGUGGUUGGAAUUGGACAAACUGAAAGGAAGUUCUGGUUUAUAACUCCUCCUGAAGUUGGCCCCGAUGCCCCUUAUACAUUUGGUCUCAUUGGCGAUCUUGGUCAGACUUAUGAUUCCAACAGGACACUUACCCAUUAUGAGAUGAAUCCACAGAAAGGGAAAACUGUAUUGUUUGUUGGAGAUCUCUCUUAUGCCGAUAAUUAUCCGAAUCACAACAAUGUUAGAUGGGAUACAUGGGGAAGGUUCAUUGAGAGAAGUGUUGCUUAUCAACCAUGGAUAUGGACAGCAGGGAAUCAUGAAAUUGACUUUGCCCCAGAAAUCGGCGAAACCAAACCUUUUAAGCCUUUCACUAACCGUUAUCAUGUUCCUUAUAGAGCAUCACAAAGUACUGCUCCCUUUUGGUACUCAAUAAAGAGAGCUUCAGCAUAUAUCAUAGUCCUGUCAUCAUACUCAGCUUAUGGUAAAUACACUCCUCAGUAUAAUUGGCUGGAAGAUGAGCUACCAAAAGUUAAUAGAAGUGAGACACCAUGGUUAAUUGUUCUUCUGCAUUCCCCGUGGUAUAACAGUUACUACUAUCAUUACAUGGAAGGAGAAACCAUGAGGGUAAUGUUUGAGCCUUGGUUCGUUAAGUACAAAGUUGAUGUAGUAUUUGCCGGUCACGUCCAUGCCUAUGAACGAUCUGAACGUGUAUCUAACAUCGCAUACAAUAUCACAAAUGGGAUUUGCACGCCUGUAAAGGAUCAAUCUGCGCCUGUAUACAUAACCAUCGGUGAUGGAGGCAAUAUUGAAGGGUUAGCAAACAACAUGACAGAACCACAGCCAGCAUACUCAGCUUAUCGCGAAGCCAGUUUCGGCCACGCCAUUUUUGACAUCAAGAAUCGAACUCAUGCUUACUAUAGUUGGCACCGGAAUCAGGAUGGAUAUGCAGUGGAAGCAGAUAAGAUGUGUUUUUUCAACAGACAUUGGCAUCCAGUUGAUGACUCUCCAGCAUAAACUUUAUUUUGACUGAACUAUGUGGAAUAAAAGGAGAAACCCAAGUCAGUAUAUAAUUUCAGUUAUUUGUAAAGACUGGAAAAAUCAUUAUUUUGCCUCUGCUUUCACAAAUAUAUGUGGAGUUAAGGGACUUCCCUCAAACUUGUAUGUGUGUUCUGUUGUCAAAAACAUAUGAUUUGGAAAUGAAUCCAAUCAAGACUUCUUAAACAAAAAUAUAUGACAAUUUAAGAUGAAAGGUGAUGCUUCAUCUAA